GGUGCAUUUGCUGCGGAACCGGUGAUAGCUGUGAACACAAAAAGUAACAUUCAAACGCCGAAAGGUGACUUCGAGGAGCCGGCUGGCGAUGGAGAGAAAUUCUACCUGUGCAGACACAGGUAAGCAGGUGAUGACGUAGUUGCCACCAGGCAGGCAGGCAGCCAGCCAACGCCCCCACCCCCACCCACCCUGCGCCUAGCUUGCCUCCCAGCUGCGUCCGCCGCUGUCCUGUCUGGCCGCCCCGGUGUCUGCUCCGCACUCUUCCCCGCUCCCUCCCCGGACCCGAAGCCUUCCCUGCCAGUCUGCCUCCCUUAGCCUCCACCGCUCCGUCUCCUGCGAGAACCCCGCCGCUCGCCCGGUGAAUGCACCAGCGCGCCCCCACCGGUGAAAACAACAUGACGGGCAUCGCCGCCGCUUCCUUCUUCUCCAAUUCCUGCAGGUUCGGAGGCUGCGGACUUCAGUUCGAGUCUCUCGCCGAGCUCAUCGUCCACAUCGAGGACAAUCACAUCGACACAGAUCCUCGGGUCUUGGAGAAGCAGGAGCAACAGCAGCCCACCUACUUGGCCCUCAGCUACAUCAACAGGUUCAUGACGGACGCUGCGCGGCGGGAACAGGAGACCAUGAAAAAGAAAGCCACCCCCAAACUGUCGCUGUCCAUCACGGGCGCCAUGUCGAGGAACAGCACGGCCACGCCCCCUCGGCACACCAGCGGGAACCUGACGCCGCCGGUCACGCCCCCCAUCACCCCUUCCUCCUCCUUCCGCAGCAGCACGCCGACAGGCAGCGAGUACGACGAAGAGGAGGUAGACUACGAGGAGUCGGACAGCGACGAGUCUUGGACCACUGAAAGCGCCAUCAGCUCCGAGUCCAUCCUCAGUUCCAUGUGCAUGAACGGCGGGGAAGAGAAACCCUUUGCGUGCCCAGUGCCGGGCUGCAAGAAGAGAUACAAGAACGUGAACGGCAUCAAGUACCACGCCAAGAACGGCCACCGCACGCAGAUCCGCGUGAGGAAGCCGUUCAAGUGCCGCUGCGGGAAGAGCUACAAGACGUCGCAGGGCCUGAGGCAUCACACCAUCAACUUCCACCCACCCGUCUCCACCGAGAUUCUGCGUAAGAUUCAAGGCUAGACCCGGAAAGGCCUCGCGGUCCGCUACCCCAAAAUGUACCCUUAAAAGUUCCUCACCUCACACUAAAGUGCAUGCUUUAAGUUCUUUUGACAUCUUUUUUUUUUUUUUCUAUCAUCGUAUAUCACCGUAUUUCCAAAAGUAUAUCUUUGUAUUCUUUUUAUUGUACAUUUGCACAUUUCAUAUCUUCUAUCAUUUUUUAUGUUUUCCUCGGUUUGACUUGCAUAAGGUGCUAAAAGAAGUUGACAGGAAGUGAGAGACAGGAAGUGCAACCAAGCCCCGCCCCCCAGCCCGCACGACGACGGAAGUUACCUUCCGGUCUCUGAUCCAAACCAGGAAGUGCGUUCACUCCUUUUGCUUUGUUUACUGACUUUGGAUCGGCGGCCUCGCGGGAAAUUCUGGGGUUCCGCGUAAGUUAUAUUUGAAAUAGAUAAAAUGUUGCUAUAUAAACAGUAGAUGCAUAUUUAGCUGUAUAUAUAUAUAUAUAUAUAUAUAUAUAUAUAAAAAAAGUAUAAGCUUAUUCACAAGCGUUAGACACAAAUAGUUACAUUUAUUUGCAAGCUUUAUUUUAUAUAUUUUUUUUUUCUUUUGUCAGUAUUUUGACUUGAAUGGUUCAGAGUUUCAUCAAACUAUUUUUCUAACAUGCCAGCUCACGUUUUACAAAUACUUUUGGAAAGGAGCAUUGAGCUCAUCACAGAGCCCCUGGGGGUGGAGGGCAAAAAUGUAAAUGGCCACAAUAUGUAAUAAUCUUCACAGUCCAUCUUAGGUUCCUGCAACUGGGGGGCUGCCAGUUUGUACAAGUUAACCCAGUGAAUGUGGUCGUAAUGUUCCAUAGUGGUUCGAGAGGCCGUAGCCGCAGAAUGGCAGCCUACAGCCGGAAAGACGUUGAUGUGAAUCGAGCUUCAUUUAGACAAAGUCGUGCUUUGCCGCCCUCUUUCGGCAUCUCAGUGCCAGGGAACUGUGUCGGAGUGAGCCGAGGAGCUUCAUUCAGACAAUGGCGCUUUGCCAUGUUGAAGUGCAUUGAGGAGUUUCAUUCUCGCAAAAGUAGUGCUUUGCUGCCUUUCGUGGCGUCUCGGUGCCAAGGAACAGCGUUGAAGUGCGUUGCGGCAAUGACGCCAGGAUGAGUUCCAUUCCUAAAAAGUUGGGUUUAAUGCAGGCAGAGGUCGGUGGACGGGUAAGCGGUCCAAACAUUUCAUGAAACUUCGAGAC